GCUGCCGCGGCAGCGGAGGGCGGCUGUGCCCGACCUCGGCCCGGAGAGGGUGGGGCGCGAGCGGAGCGUCCCGGGCUUUGGCGUCCGCGCCCCGGUGGCUGCCCGAGCCGGAGGAGGAGCGGCGGGGGCGGGCACGGGCCGCUGUCCAGGCCGCGGCGGCUUCGGGGGCGCCGCUGGUGCCGAGCUAGAGCGGCUCGGCGUGGACGCGCACCCUGCACAGGCGCGGGCGCUGCGUGCGGAGCGGCUGCAGGAACGGGUCGGAGCCGGGUUGCAGUCUCAGCUCUGAAUGCGGGAGGCUCGGCCUGACCCCGAGGGGCGCGCUGCCCAGCUACGCCAGAAUUGGUGGUGGUUGGUGGAUUUAAUUACAGCCCACAAGUUUCCAGUCAGAGAUUACUAUGAAUAACUUAGUAAUCCGUUCUUUAAGAGAGAGUUCUGUGAGGUGCACUUUCACUGGGUGAUCACAGGUGUGCUUUCUCUUAUGGGAGGCAUUACCCCGGCCCAGGCACUGUUCUAGGCCCUGCCCUCCUGAAACUGCCGUCAGUGAGGUCACUGAUGACCUGUGGGUAACGCGGUGGCCACUUGCCGUCAUGUGACCUCUCCUUUCAUUGUCUCAUCACCUUCCCUGCCUCUGACCCUCCUGGGCUUCUCUUUCAAGGACCAUUGUAAUGGCAUCAUUGGGGCCACCUGGAUGAUCUCCCCAUCUCAAGACCAUUCAUUUAAUCACUUCUGCCAAAUAUUUUUUCCCAAGCAAAUUUACAUAUCCACACUAUCCAGGGAUUACAACGUGGACUUCUUUGGUGGAGUAAGAGGAGGCAUUAUUGGUCCCACCACAGUUAAUGGAGGGGAUGGCCUGGGCCAGGGCUUAGAGGACAGUAAUGAUGACAGUGAAGAUGUUGCACUGUUUGAUGCAGAAGAGGAAACAACUAAUCGACCCCCAAAAUCCAAAAUCAGACAUCCAGUGGCAUCAUUUUUCCAUUUAUUCUUUCGAGUCAGUGCAAUUGUAGUCUAUCUUCUCUGUGAAUUGUUCAGCAGCAGCUUUAUUGCCUGUAUGGUGACGAUUAUCUUGUUAUUGUCAUGUGAUUUUUGGGCAGUCAAGAAUGUCACAGGUAGACUAAUGGUUGGCCUGCGUUGGUGGAAUCAUAUUGAUGAAGAUGGAAAAAGCCAUUGGGUGUUUGAGUCCAGGAAGGCAUCCCCUCAAGAGAAUAAAACUGUUUCUGAGGCUGAAUCAAGAAUCUUUUGGUUAGGACUUAUUGCCUGUCCAGUGCUUUGGGUGAUAUUUGCCUUCAGCUCUCUCUUCUCCUUCAGAUUGAAGUGGUUGGCAGUGGUUAUCAUGGGUGUGGUGCUACAAGGUGCCAACCUGUAUGGCUACAUCAGGUGCAAAGUGGGCAGCAGAAAGAAUUUAACCAGCAUGGCCACAUCUUAUCUUGGAAAGCAGUUUUUAAGACAAAGUACAGCCAGCUUUUACCUUGGAACCUCCCGAAGAGCAUCAGUGGUCCUUGGCCUAACGAAACUUUUUACCAUGAAGAGAGCAUUAUUCUUCUGUCAUAAUUCACAUCCAAUCUAUGGCGUGGAGAAUUCCAAUGGAGCAAAGCAGUCAGUUGAAGGAAAGGAUGCAUAUUUUUUAAUUUUAUUUUACCUAGACCUAUUAGAGAUCAUAUAAUUGUGAGCUGGUAAC